AAACGUAACCAGCUACAGAGAGGAAAGUGGCUACUAAGUAGCUUUUCUUUGUGCUUCAAGUGGACACCACGCGCCGUCUUUAGCAGGUUGAAGACGCUCGCCAAACUUGAAUCUGUCUGAGGACCAGACAGAAUAUAUGCGUCAUUGCACGGAAGACCAGGAAGAGGAAAAGGGAAUGGAGGAGGACAGCCCUCUAGUGGCCAUUGCACCCGAAGUUUCACUCCCAGAAGAGCAGCCUUCUGCCUGCACUGAUGUCUCUGCUAGUCCUGCUUUCCAGUGUUUAGAUGAGUUGUUGGCAUUGGGCAAGAUCAGCCAGAUCAAAGCUGCCAAACAAUCCAGCUACAAGCUCCUCCAUGAUACCUUAAAGAGUGCCCAGGAUUCUGAGAUCCACCUUUUAGAAGAGGCAAAGAGGUGUCGGGCUGAGCUGAAGAGGCUUCAGGUGGAGGUGGAGAGUACAGAGGAGAAGAGCACCUUUGAGGAGCCGGGAAGUGAGGUCAAUGAACUGAGGCAACAGCUCCUCCAAGCAUACAAUGAACUGAAAGCUGCUGAGGAGCGAGAAUACAAGGCACAGCAUGAGCUAAAGUGUCUCUGGGAAGAGAAGCGAUAUCUGGAGAAGGAGAAUGAGAUUCAGAUGAAACCUGCUGAGCAGGAGGACAAGACAGAAGCUGUGCAGGACCAGUAUGAGGAUCUGAGGAGAGAGGUGGUACAAAGACAACAAGAAAUCAGAAGUCUGAUGGAAGAUGUGGAAACCCAUGAAAUGCAGAUAUUGAAAGAACAGAAUGAGCUGGAAGAUAAGAAGGAACUCAUUGAGCUCAAAGAGGCUGAGAAGGCCCAGCUCAUCAGCAUACCCGACCAGAUUUUAAAGGAAACCGAAAGGAAGCGCUCUAAGAAGGAAGCUGCAAUGAGAAGGAUGAAUCUAAAUAUGGAGAUUUCAGAAAUUGAGCAGCAAGUAAAAGCGGUGGAUGAGCGAAACCUUUCCCUCGGGAUGAAGAAGGAGGAGGUGAUGCAAGAGCUGGAGGGUCUGAGGGCCAGAGUAGAGGCCGGUCAGAGGCUUUACAGACAGCUGCAAAAAGAGCAGGAGAUCAGGAAGGAGGAGGUGGCUGAAUUCAUGGGCAACAGAGGCAUCUUGGAAAUGAAACUGCAGAACAUCAUGUGUGACAGAAAGCAUCUGUAUGAGAGACAGUCUGUGCAGCUCAAGGAGAAAAACAGACAGAUGCAGGCCCUGAGGAGGACGGAGCACGCAUUGACCGCGGCCACCGAACAGCUAGAGCACACGCAGUCUGUCUACGAUGAGUUAAAUGCACAGUUAGAUGCUGUUCCCAAAAGAGAGGCCAGUAUUCAGCAAAGGAUGGAGCUUCAGAAAGAGGUGGAUGCUCUCAAAGUCAGCUUUGAAAAGCAGCUAUCGGUGGCUGAGGAGGAAAGCGAGAAGCAGCAGCAGUGUGGGGUCAUUCAGGAGCUGCUGAGAGAGUCAAACCGCCUCAGAGAGGAACUCCAUAACCUGAGAUGUUUGACACAAAUCAAAGCAGAGGAGAGAGGCCAGAAGCACCGUGAACUGCUCAGAGCUGAGCAGCUGAAUGAGCGCAUCCGGCAAGAGCUGAAAGAAAAAGACCUGAUCAUCAUGGACCAGAACAAACUCAACGCCAUGCUACAGCGCAGAAUAUUACAGUACUCUAAGCUGUGUGAUAUGGUUAUGGACGAGAAGAAAAAGUAUGUCAAGCUGAAGCAGAUGGCUUCACAGACGAUCACAGACUUGACAGAGCAGAUUAAGGUCCUGGAAAAUGAGACAGAAAUCCAGCGCACCAUUGCCAUAAACAAGGACAGAGCACUCUCAAAGGCUCGGAUGAAGAUCUCUAAUACUUCAAAAAUUAGAGACAAGCUACACAAUGACGUCUCCAAGGCUGCCGGGCAGCAGCGCCAUGAUCAGGAGUGUGAGGACAAACUGGAACUAAUGAAGCUCGCUCAAAUGAUCAGCCGUCAGGAGGAGACUAUUCUGGAAAUAAACAAGAAUCAUGAAACUGCAAUACAGCGGCGCAAUUUCCUAGGAAUCCAGCUCCUGGAGCACGAAGAGAUUUUGUUUAACUACUAUGAGAAGGUGAAUAUCCAGGAGGCAGCUAUCACUAAAGGAAAUGUGACUCUGGAGGCCCUGGAGAAGGACAUGAGAGACUUGGAGUUAAAGAUUAAUGAGGAGAAGAGAGAGAUAGACCUGAAGAAGAAGGAUAUACUCCUUAAGAGAAAACUGGAGGAGGAGAUUACAGUGCUCCAAAUAGAGCUGUCAGAAGCCAGGGACAAGACACUUGAAGGUGUGGAGCGAAAAGUGGAUUACAAAGAGCUAAAGGGCAAAGACCCAUCAACUGCAGAACUGGUCAAGAAAAUUGAGCAGCUCGAGGUGAAUCUAGCCGAGCGCGAGAGGCAGUUGCUGGAAAAAGAACUCCUGGUGGACCAGGUGACCCGGCUCUCAAAGCCACUCAGCGAGCAAGCUGAGAACUGCCAAGAGGAGAGACUCUCACUGGCAAAGAAGCUGAAUGAGCUCCGAACAAACAUAAUCAACACCAACCACCGUAUGAUGGCUGUUUCUGCAGAACUUUCCAUGAAGCAAGCUGCUGCUUUAUAUCUACAACAACAGAUCAAGGAGAAAGAGCUUCAGAUGGACAAGUGCCAGCGGCGGCUGGAACAGGGCCUGUCACCAUACCCUGAUAUAGAGGAGGAGUGGAGGAGGAUGCUCCGGGACAAGAAGAGAAGACAGAGGGACAAAGAGGAGAAAGAGAGGCUUGCUGAAGAGGAGUGGAGGCAGUUACCUAAUGGAGAGUACACCACAGCCGAAGCACGUCCCAACGCAUACAUCCCGCUGAACGCUCCGCUGCCUCUGCCCAAACCCUACGGAGCCCAGGCCCCCUUCAAACCUUCCCAACCAGGGGCCAACAUGAGACACUUUCGCAAACCCACACUCAAACCCUUAGAAAUAUAGAAAACAUGUCUUUGGACAAAGAUCACAUGUUGAUGACAUUAGGAUGUUCUUUUUUUUAUUGAUGUACUUCAAGCUUUAAAAAAAAAAAAAAAAGAUGUUUCAGUGAUUUAUCUCAUGUAUUCCCAUACUUCCUUCUUCCUCCUCUCAGCUGCUUGUGUAUGUUUGUGUCCUCACUGCUGUGAGCUUGUACUUGUGGAAUGCAUCUGGUUCUAAUUUUGGUUCCUUUACUGGCACUAGCUUGUUUACAGUCAGUUUGCAGUUAAACUGAAAACUGUAGGAGAGUGGAAGGAAGGACAAGGAGACUCAGUAAUGUAUUGCUGUAUUCUUUUCUGCACCUCGCGAACGCAUCAUCAUACUUUUACCACCUUUCUCUAAAAGAUAAAUUCAUUUCUCAGGGCCACUGGAAUAUUUCGGCGCAUUUGUCACUCUUGUUGUUU